AUGAGCUCCUCGGACGAGUCAGAUGAUGAGCCACGACGGAACCUUCAGGCGGAGGAUUCCGCUUCAGAUUCGGAUCAGGAUACGGGACGACCUCAAGCCAGGAUCAACGACUCUGCAUCGAGCGACGAGGAUGAAGCACCCCGAGCGCGCAAUAACCUCGAUUCGUCUGAUGACAGUGACGACGAGCCAGGUCAUAAACGACCAGCAGACAGCGAUGACGGAGAUAGCGACGAUUCCGCCGACGAGAAACCGAAGAAAAAGAAAAAGUGGAAUCCGGCUGAUUUUGAAGACAAAAUGGCGGAAGAAAGUGAGAAUGAAGAUGAGGAGCUUUUGAGAAACCCCAAAAAGUCGAAGAAAUAUAAGAAGAUGAAAGUUCUCGAGGACUCUGACGAUGACGAGGACGAUUCGGAAGAAGAUGGAGAUCUCGAGGAUCUGAUCGACGACGGAGAGGUCGAGGAAGAAGCUUCUGGCGAGAGACGUCGAAAAAAGAAGAAAAAGAAGCGAAGAGAUGGCGAUGAUGCGCUGCGAGAUGACAAGCUCGACGAUGACGAUUUUGAUUUGAUCAAUGAGAACUUGGGCAUCAAUGUCAACAGGCGUCAAAAGCUCAACCGAGUUGUGAUGGACUCCGACGAUGAAGAAGACGCGAAUGAAGAUCUAGACGAUCGAGAUCGAAUCCAGCGUGACAUUUUCGACGAAACACUCGGCUCCGAUGACGACCAGCCUAUGGAACCGCGCCGUGCUCGACGAGAAAAGGACAACUUUGACUCUGACUCCGGUUCCGACGACGAGAACAACUUCAUCGUCGAUGAUCAGGGCAAUCCUAUUUAUACGAACAAGAAGUCCAAAGGCGGAAAUGUUUACGUCGACGAGAAUCUUCGCGAAGCAGCGAAUAUCUUCGACAUUGAUCCGACUCAGCUUGGGGAAAUGUUUGAAGAUUUCGAAAACGAAUAUGGAGAAUACGACGAAGACGAGCCGCGGCCUGUGAAGCAGAAGAAAUCGAAGAAAGCGCUUACAGAUCUUUAUGAACCGGACGAACUUGAGCGACGAGGCUACAAUGACGAAGCCACCGCGAUCAUCGACGAAGAUCGUCCUGAGCGCUUUCAAACUCGAGGAGAUGGUCAAUGCCCGGUCAAGUAUAUCGAGAUUUCAGACGUUCAAACAGACGCAGAUGCGAUCGAGAACGAACUUGAGCUGGAAGCUCGAUGGAUCUUGGAGAACGCUUUCAACUCUUCCAUUUCCAAUCAAGAAUUUGAAGAUCCAAUGUUUCGCCAGGAAGUCAAGCAAUUGCCUGAAUUCAAGAAGAGGCCAAGAGAGGGUGAAGAGCCUGAACCAGAGCCAGAAAAGAUGCCGACUGUUUAUGCAAGCCCUUAUCCCAAGAAGAGAAUCGACGACGCUGCUAAAGUGUUUUUGAAAUACAAAGACUAUGAGCCGUUGCGAAAUCACGAAGACCGCGAACAAAGACUAAAGUACAUCAUGGAAUACGGCAGAAAACACAACACAUUCCUCUUCAAGAUUUACAAGGCGCUUUACAACUUCCGAGUCGGAGAAGGCAUUUCAAACGGUCUUACUGUACUUGAACCGGCGUUUAUUUACAAAUAUAGGCAAGAGCAAAUUCUCCACUGGGAUCUGAUCGGAAAAUACAUCAAGGAUGAAUUCGGUGUGCCACUUAAAGAUUUCAUGAGCGAACGAGAAAGUGAUUUUCCAAGAGAAAAUGGCUCUAUGGCUGGCAAUGACGGCUGGGGUAGUAGCACCGGUGAUGGCGAUUGGGGUAACCCCGAGAUGGCUCGAAAACCCGGCGGAUGGGGCGACGCACCCGCGAGUCCCGUCGGUGGCGGUUGGGGCAACACAUCUAAUGAUGCUGACAAACCAAACUCUGGUUGGGAAAAUAAUGAUACCUCAGAAAAGUCAUCUGCAUCUCCAUGGACUGCUUCCGAGUCAAACAAGGAAAAUAUUGGUGAGAGCCCAUGGGCAAACACAGCAAGCAGCAGCUGGGGCGGCGCCGGUAGCACGGGCCAACCUAUGGAUACUUCAAUGAGCAUGAAUGGGCCGCGUCUUGGUCGUAUCAACCGCAAAAUGAAAAUCGGUGAUCAUGAAGGCAGAACUCAGUUUCUAAACGAAGAGGAGCUUCAGAGAGUGAACAAGGAACGUCGCGAACUUGGUGAUGCCGAUAUCACCUUCGACGAGCUCCUUUGGUAUCGAAAAGAGAAGAAAGGCGAAGAGGGAGAUGACCGAGAGCGAAUUCCAGAGUGCGAGUUCCCGAAUGAAAUUUUCGAAACCGACUUGCCUAAUGUCAACGAGUCGCGACUCAACUACAUCGAUACUGAGCAAAGUCUUGACUUUUUCGAUCUCCACCGAAUCCUUCGAUAUGAUGAGCACUACAUGAAAUUCUCUCAAAAGAAGAUCAAGCUCCACAAGCUCUUCCAGAACAUGCUUAAUUUCCAGUACGACGAAAGUCAAUCUGAAGACUUCAAAGUUUACCGAUCCCUUGAGCCUUCAUACGUCAGUAAAGUCGAAGAAUGCAACACUCAAAACGAACUCGAUGAUUACUUUCAGUUCUUCCAGCUUCAUUUUGGCCGGGAUGUCCAAAAAAUGAAUCAGAAAAAUCGAAAUGAGGACGAAGAAUACAAUUCUGGAGACACAAAGAACAUGAAGCAGGCCCAGCGAAACUCGAACUACAACUUAUGCCUGAAAAACAACCUUGGCGAAGUUGCUAAGAAAUUCGGUCUGACACCGGAAGAAUUCGCUGAUCACGUCAAAUGCGACUUCCAGAACCACGAAGUCAAUCAAUGCGACGAGCAGCCAGAGGAAUUCGCAUCAUUGUAUGUGACAGAUCAGUUCGAUUCCGCCGAGAAAGUUCUCCGCGGUGCCCGUUUUGUCGCCGCUCAGCAAAUGGCUGUUGAACCCGAAGUUCGAAAGGUUGUUCGAAAGCAAUUCUUCGAAAAGGCAUGCAUUUCCACCACGCUGACGAAAAAGGGCGAGCGUGCUAUUGACGAGGACCACCCCCUUUAUCGACUUCGAUUUUUGAGCAACAAGCCCAUAAAGGAUCUAAAAGGCGCCGAAUUUAUUCACUUGAAAAAUGGAGCCGAUGAUAAGCUCAUUGAGAUGGAAAUCGGCCUUGAAAAACGACCUAGUCACCGAUUCACUGACCCAGACGGAAAUGGCAUGAUUCUUGACGACAUCGAAGAAGACCUCUUUGAUCUUUACAACAAGGAUCUCAAUGAUGAUCUCACUGUCAAGUGGAACACGCAGCGUCAGAUGCUAAUUCAGGAGAUGCUCAAUCAAAUGCUCUAUCCCGCCUUUAUCCAAAAACUCAAGCUCAAGUUGAUUGAAGAAGCAGAAGAAGGAAUAUACGAGUUUGCUCGGCGAAAGUUCCGUGCCAUCGCCUCUGCCGGUCCGUGCAUUCCGAUCAAUAAUCCCCUCGAAGAUGAAGACUACGAGCAAGAAGAUUUGCUUCUCUGUCUCCACGCCAGUGACCGAAUUGAAGUGCCAACCUUUGGAGUCAUGCUCAAGCAAGACGGUGAAAUCCACAUGUAUCGAAAAUUUAACCGAAUCAUGGCUCCUGCAAUGAGAGAAAGUCACCCUCAUCAUCAGUCGAUGAAACGCGACAUUGACCAGCUGAAGCAGAUUCUUUCUCGAUACCGACCCUACGCUAUCAUUUUGGCUGCCACUUCGAUGAAAUCUCGAAACCUUAUGACCAUGGUCAAUCGAGUAAUCGAGGAACUCCACAUCGAAGACGGCUAUCCCAAGCCUGUAGUUGAAUUCAGAGAUCCAAUGGUCUCUCGUGUCUACUCUGUCGCCAAAUUCGCCCAAGAAGCUUAUCCUGAUUAUCCAGAAGAACUUCGUCUCGCCAUUUCAUUAGGACGAUUUGCUCUUGACCCUGCAAUCGAAAUCUCCCAGCUCUUCAACCCAGAUGAUGACAUUCUUUGCCUCAAUCUUUCGCCAAAUCAGUAUCUUCUCAAAGAUCGUCGAACUAAAGAUCUCCUUCGCAAAGCACUUGAGGAAGAAAUGCAGAAAAUAGUUUGCGACAUCGGAGUCGACAUUAAUCAGGCUAUCGCUCUUGAUCAUCACAGUCAACUUCUUCAAUUCUUACCAGGUCUUGGAAGAAGAAAAGCCGAUGCUUUCCUGAAGGAUUAUCGUCGCCAAAAUAUCCGAAUCGAGCAUCGACAAAAGAUCCUUGGCGUCAACGAUGAUCAAGUCCGUUCGAUUGGUCCAACCGUCUUCGUCAAUUGUGUCGGUUUCAUCCGGUUGAACACUUCCGAACUCGGCGACGCUGAAGAAUACGUCGAUGUUUUCGACAGUACUCGUAUUCAUCCAGAAAGUUUCGAAUAUGGACGAAAAAUGUGCAAGGAUUUGGCUUGUCAAGUCGCUCCAGAUGAAAUGGAGGAGGACGAGUACGAAAAUGAGGAGUAUCGAGCUGUCAACAAGGUCAUGGGAAAGCCGGAGUACCUGCAAGGCCUGGAUCUCGAAGCAUUCAAUGCUGAUCUGAUUACACUCAAUCACAAUGAGGGCAAUUUCAACAUCUUCAACAAGAUCUGCACGCUCUAUCAGUUGAAAAAAGAGAUCGGUUCUCCAUUUAGAGACAACCGCAAGCCUCCCAGACAAAUUCAUUCUGACGAGCUCUUCUAUCUCCUUACUGGUGAAACAGCGGACACUAUUUAUCCGCAAAAGAUGGUAACUGGAACCGUUCAAAGGUUCAUGUACUCGGCGACUAAGAAGGAUGAAAACGGACAAAUGAGCGAGGAAAAUCUAAAAGAUCCCAAGCGAGUGGAAGGAACAGACUGCUGGAUGUGCCCCUGGUGCAAACGAAAAGAUUUCACGGAACUCAGUCAAGUCUGGACUCACUUUGACACCCUUGACAAUUAUGAUAAGUGUCCAGGAGAACUUUGGGCGGUUUCCAUCAAGCUCGACAACGGCCUUUCGGCCCUUGUUGAUAGAAAUAGCAUCUCCAGUCGAGACGAUGGGUACGUCGAGGAUCCAACGACAAGAAUGAAGCUCGAUCAGGUCGUUCGAGGACGCAUCAAGUCCAUCAACUUCGAAAAGUUCCAGUUGCGAUUGACUACGAAGAGUACCGAUCUACAGAACGAUAAUUUCGGAGCCAAUCACAAAGAGCAAGACAGGCAUCUGGAUAAGACCAAGAUGGACAUGGUCCUCGCUCAAUUUCAGAAUAAGAAGAAAAAGGCUCAAAAUCAGUCUCAAUACACCAAGCGCGUCAUUGCUCAUGAUAAUUUCAUGAACAUCUCCUACGGCGAUGCGAUCCUCAGACUGCAGUCCAUGGAUCAAGGCGAGUGCAUCAUCCGACCAAGUUCAAAAGGAUCUGAUUUCAUCAGCGCCACUUGGAAAGUCCACGACAACAUUUACUCGCAAAUCACGAUUCACGAAAGAAACAAAAUCAACAGCUACACACUUGGUGAAAAGCUCAUCAUCAACGGCGAAGAGUAUGAAGAUCUCGAUGAGGUUAUCGCACGAUACGUUCAGCCGAUGGCUUCGAAUGCACGCGAUUUGAUCGAGCACAAGUACUUCAGAGAUAUCGGGGGUGCUCGUAAGGAAGCAGAGGCUCUUUGUAAGGAAGCUAAAAGAGCUGAUGCGAAGAAGAUUCCCUACUUUAUCUCCUGCUGCCGCAAGGACACUUGCGGCCCAGCCGAAGUUGAAGGGAAAUUUAUGCUCUCCUUCCUCCCUUCAUCGAACAGCUCUGUGAAGCACGAAUACAUAACAGCACUGCCAGACGGAUUCCGCUACCGUCAAAUUGUUCACUCAACUACAGCGACUCUCUUCCAGUACUUCAAAGAGCAUUACCUCGAGCGUCCUCCAGCUCCUGUCCGUCGCGAUCCAAAACAAGGCCUGGCAGAAAUCGUGAAUUCUCUCAAUCGACAACAACUCAAGGAGCUCAAAGGUGGUGCUUACACUCCUUCGGAUCCAUUCGAAGAAUCACCGCGCAAACCAACACUCCAAAGAGUUGAUGAUGAUGGAUUCAAGAAGCCUUCUCUUCUUAGAAGAGUCGAUGAUGAUGACGGCGGCUGGGGCAGAUCAUCUGGUAGAUCCGGUGGUGACCGUCCAGGAAGAGACGAUAGAAAUUCUUGGGGCGGUGGCCGAGGCGGCGAUAGAGGUGGCGACAGAGGAUGGGACCGUGGAGGAGAUAGACGCGGAGGCCGAGGCGGUGGACGCGGCCGAGGACGUGGUCGUGGCGACUUUGGUGGACGAAGAGACGGAGGAGAUAGACGAGAUCGAGAUGGCGGUAGCUAUAGGGGAAGAGACAGAGGAGAUCGUGGCUCUUCUUUCAGCAGAGAUGAUCGACAGCCAUCCUGGAAUAGUUCAAAUGAUAGAGACAGAGAGCCAUCACCAUGGGGCGGAAAAGGAGGUCCAUCAGCCGAGAGAAGUCCAUGGGGAGGCAGCGAUACAAGUGGUAGAGACCGAGAUGACGGUGGAAAAUCACCAUGGGCUGCAAGGGACGCUGCUGGCGGUGGUAAGUCACCAUGGGCCGGUGGUGAUGCUCGACGAGAAGGAUCUAGCAGCUGGGGAGCCCCAAGAACGCCAAGAGCUGACGAAGGUUCUUGGGCUGGAAGCCGCACUCCAAGGGGCGGUAAAACUCCACGCGGCGAUAUGACUCCACGGGGCGAUCGAACUCCAAACCACUCUUGGGGUAGCAAUCCAAAUUCACAGUCGAACUCCAGCGGCUGGGGAACGAAGAGCGGCUCGAGAACGCCUUCGAGCCCGUGGGGCAACAAGAGCAGCAGCGGUGGUGGAAACGCAUGGGGUGGAAAGAGCCCCGCUCGAGAUGGCGGUGGAAGUAGCUGGGGAAAUAAGAGUCCAGCUCGAAGCUCUGGUGGAUGGGGCACCAAAAGCCCAAAGAAAAAGAAUUCCGACGCGUGGAGUGAUGCCGCUACGAUGGGCAAUCGAUCACCCGAUGGAAACACCGUGGUUACGACUGACACCGACCAUGUUCUUUCAUCAGACACGAUUGCAGAGCUCAAUGAGCUUGUCGUCAAAGUAACAGGCGUCCACGAGAUCCUUUCUCGAGAUCAGAUGAAGGUUGCCUUCUUCGGGCGCACCUCAAAUGGAAAAUCAACAUGCAUCAACGCCAUGUUAUGGGACAAAGUUCUACCUUCCGGGAUCGGCCACACAACUUCCUGCUUCCUGGCUGUUGAGGGAUCGGGAAAGCCCAAUCCGUAUAUCAUUACUGAAGAUGGAGAAGAACAGGCGGUAGAAAAAGUUCAAAAGCUAGCUCAUGCACUUUCUGGCGCCGCGGAAAAAUUGACAGAAGACAGUUUGAUCAAGAUUUGCUGGCCGAAAAACAAAUGUAGACUUCUCAACGCUGAAGUGUGCAUUGUAGACAGCCCUGGCGUGGAUGUGACGCCCGAUUUGGACCUGUGGAUUGAUAAGCACUGCUUGGACGCGGAUGUAUUCAUUCUCGUGGCGAAUGCAGAAUCGACAAUGAUGCAGGCGGAGAAAAACUUUUUCCACAAAGUUUCUGAGUGCUUCUCAAAGCCGAAUAUCUUCAUUUUGCACAAUCGAUGGGAUGCUUCUGCUCAGGAGCCUGAUAUGAUGGAUGAAGUUCGAGCUCAGCAUCUUGAACGAGCAGAAGCUUUUCUCACCGACGAGUUGAAAAUUUACAACUCCUCUGAAGCCCAAAACCGUGUGUUCUUUAUCUCAGCUCGGGAAAUGCUCAAUACAAGAAUCUCAAGGACUAAAGGCAUUCCGGAGAACCCAAACAACUUCCCAGAUGGCUUCAAAAGUCGUCAGCUCGAGUUCGAAGAGUUUGAGAAGAAGUUUGAAGAGUGCAUCACUCGUUCAGCGAUCGCAACGAAGUUUUCUCAGCAUGUAUCUGGUGGAGAGAAUAUCGUCAAACACUUGUCAAAAAUCCUGGCCGAUUUGAAUGCUGCCGCACUUGUCGUAAGAAAUAUCUCUAACGACGAAGCGGAUACACAAAAGAUGAGGAAAAACUUCAACAAGGAUCAAAUGGAGAAAGUCACGAAGAAAGUACAUGACCAGAUUAGCCACAUAACAGACAAUGUAUCAAACCAAGUAGCUGCGGCACUAGACAUCGAGCUUGGAAAAGUUUCUGAGUUGGUUGAAAAUUUCGAGUUCGAAAAAUUCCACCCCUCAAAAUUUGUCAUUGACGCUUAUCGAAAAAAGCUCAUUGAACAUGUCGAAAAUGGAGUACGCCAAAACCUCGUCUCCCUUUGUUCAGCAUCUCUUACUGAAGAAGUCAGUCGGGCAAAGAUGGAAAUGAUCGAAGGACUAACAAAUGUCAUCAAGGAUAAAGAAAAGUGCAAAACCGAAGCUAACCGACCAUUUUCACUGCAAUACGAGAUCAAUUUCUUUGCUCUGAAUGAUUUCAAAGAAGACCUGAGCUUCAAGUUCUCCGCUUCUCCCACGCGCCUUCUGGAAAAAGUUCCUUAUCUCGGAAAAGCCGUUACUUCUUACAGUGUCUUAUCCUUCAUUCAAAAUAUGACUGUCGGAGCCUGUUCUAAUUUGCCAUCGCAGAUAGAGAGCAUCACAAACGGAACAAUUCGAGCUCAAGAUGUCGAAACUGCAGAGCGAUUCCUUCCCUCUGGUGUUGUUGCUACAGCAGCUUGGAAAUUCUGGAAUAAAUCUGGACUCUCAACUAUUGGAAAUCGAAUAAUAAUCGGGGGAAUCUUUGCUUAUGCAGGAUACUACGCUUUUGAAAGGAUUCGAUGGACGCCUGCGAGACAAGGACAAGAGUUUAGAAAGCAGUUUGCUGAUCAUGCAUCAGAGAAAUUGCGCCAUUCUGUUGAAUACACCGCUUCGAAGUGUUCCAAUCAGGUUGAAUCUGAGCUGAAGGAGACAUUUACUCGGUUAGAAAUGACCGCCAAAGAAGUCACCAACGAUCUCACGGAUGAAAUUAAUCUCUUGGAAGAAAAAUCCCAAACCUAUGACGGUAUCGCGGAGAUGGCGAAAAAGUGGAAAAACAAAUUCGACUGGUUAGAAAUCGAGCUACGCAAUUAUCGAAACGACUUCAUUCCCAAGCUACCCUCUCGUUUGUCCUCGCAGAAACUUGACAUUUAG